AAGCUAUAGCCCUCAAACUGGCUCCUACGGCUCUGGUCCUGUGACAAGUGUAUAUAACAUUGGUUCUGAAUCUGAUGUUAGAAGGCAAAAUCCAGGCUCUCUGAUAUCUUCAGGUGGCAGUUUUGUUUCUGGUUCUCUAGCCACUGCAUUGAGUACAAGUGUGAGAAGUAAGACUGUACCCAAGCCAGCACAGUUUAACUAUCAAACUUUAGUGCAGACUAGUAAUGAGUCUGUGGCCUCUAAUAGCCAGCAACCAGUGCAGACUGGCUCUCAGUCCAGUGGUCAACUGUUAGCUAAUGCCCAGUCCUUUGUCAAGCCCCAGAGAAGUAGACUUCAAGUUGGUUCCAAGCUAUUUUCUGGUGGCAGGCCCAUCAUGAGUUCAAGUCUUGGCCAGCAGUCAGCACAAGCCAGCUACCAAACUGUGUCCCAGCCUAGUGGACAACCAGGACAGGCUGGCUACCAGGCUCCAUCACAAACCAGCAGCCUACAGUCCGCACAAGCCAGCUACCAAUCUGUGUCCCAACCCAGUGUCCUGCAGUCCGCUCAAGCCAGCUACCAGUCCAUGCAACAGCCUAGUGGCCAAAAACCAGGACUGACCCGAUACCAGCCUGUCUCUCAGCCCAGUGUCCUGCAGUCAGCCCAAACACGCUACCAGUUUGUGCCCCAGCCUGGUGGCCAAAAGCCAGGACGGAUCCAAUACCAGCCCAUCUCACAGCCUAGUGGAUUGCAGUCAGCUCAAGCCAGCUACCAGUCUAUGCAACCACCUAGUGGCCAAAAACCAGGACUGACCCGAUACCAACCUGUCUCCCAACCCAGUGGCCUGCAGUCAGCACAAGCCAGCUACCAGUCAGUGCAAGCUCACUACGAGUCUGUGUCCCAGCCCAGUGGCCAAUCUGUGUCUCUUCAGCCUGGAUUCCAGCUGUCUUCUAUGCCAGAGCAGUCAAGUUAUGCGUCUCUUUCCAGUUUUGGUUCCCAACCCCUAGCGCAACCCAGUAAUGUACAACUUGCUUCAAGCUAUGAGUUCAAUCCA